CUGACCUUUCCCGCACACCCCGGACCCUGCCUCCUGUCUUGGGGUUUAGGGGCUCGGAAGGGGAGUCCCGCCAGCACCGCCCCUUGAGGAGAAAUACAGGUCACUCACCAGGCCAGGAAUCAAACCUGAAUCAUUCAGGUGGCAGCCCAGGGCUAAGCGAGCAGGCGGUGAGGCCUUGGCAGGCAGAGGCUCUAAGCCAGAUCUCUGCCGUAGUAGCGCGUGGACCACCAGGCUGUGCUCCCACAGUUCUAUGUGUUUGGUGUUUUGUCUUGUGCCAGGUGACUUUCGUUACACUCCCACCAUGCUGCAGGAACCGGUGCUAAGGAACCAGAAACGAAUUGACGUCCUCUACUUGGACAACACAAACUGCGACCCCCUGGGCGACCUGCCCUCCCGCCAGCAGGCCACCCAACAGAUCAAAGAGCUGAUCAAGGCCCACCCAGAUCACGAGGUCAAGAUUGGGGUCUACAGCCUGGGCAAAGAGUCGCUCUUGGUGGACUUGGCCUUAGAGUUUCAGACCUGGAUUGUGGUGAGUCCCAAGAGACUGGAGCAGAUGAAAGUGCUGGGCCUGGUGGACGUCUUCACUGCUGAGGAGGGGGCUGGCUGGAUCCACGGUGUGGACAUCUCUGAAAUCUGCUGGGAAGCCAUGAUCAGCUGGAACCAGCAGCGCCCCACCAUUGCCAUUCUCCCCACCAGCCGCCCAGUGAAGAUCCCCCACCCCAGCGUUCACCUCGUGCCCUAUUCAGACCACUCCUCCUUUUCGGAGCUGCUGGAGUUUGUACAGUGGCUGAAGCCCUGCUCCAUAGUUCCAAUUGUCAAGAGAAACGUGUGCCUGCCGUACUUGGAGAAAUACCUGAGCUCCAACCACAAGGCGUCACCUGAGCCUGGGAUUCCAGAGUCUGGGCAGAAGUUCACACAGCUGAGAGAGAGCAGGGAGCAGCAAAGAGCCACCCAGCAGCCUGUGCCUACGAAGGACUCCUUUGCAUCCCCAGAGAAAUGUACGGACUGGCUGGAGCAUUUCGGGGAUGUGACGAUUGGCCAGCAGAGCUCCUCAGAGCAGCCUAGGGACCCCAACACCCGUGUGCAAGGUAUGUGUUGCAGGGGAGAGAGAAAGGGAAUCAAAGUGGAGUUAUGCCGGCUGCAUGGUGCCCAGAGGCAGCUUUUUUCAGCACAGCCCAAUACACAGACACCUGCCAGAACGCAGCCACUGCCACCCAAGGACACCGGUGCCCGGACGUCCCAAAGCAGCACAGAGGGCACAGCACGGUCACACACGAGUUCUUUAUUCUGGCAAACAGGAAAGAAACACGCCUCCCACGCCAGCCCAUGCCAGCCUCCCCUGCGGGACUGGGCCCCCUUAACACUGGCCUCUGUGCAGAAGAAGGCCGCUUUCCCCUCACACAAACAGAGUUUAACCUGCCUGCAGACUGAGGAAUUUCUUCCCCCAGGAGCAGCUGGUGACCGUGUCACCCUGGCCAGCUGGCCCCCUGUGGCCAGCAGUCAUGUUGCCUGUGGGCUUGCGGAGGAGUAUUUGAUUGCUCCAUUAAACACCCUAAAGCAAUACUCUGCGGAGAGCUUUGACCGGCAGAUCGAAAACUAUUUCAGGAGAGAGGAGGGGCCCUAACAGCAGCAAAGGUCCUGUUCUCCCAAGUGUUGUGUCAGUGUGUGCUGUCUGCCAGGGCUGCUCUGAGCCAGCCGACAGGAGAUGGCCCAGCUCGGGGCUUUACGCUGAAAGCUUCCCUUCCGUUGCCUGAGAGGAGAAUGGCAGAGUUUGCAGCAGCUCCUAGAUUCUCUUUUUGUUGGUUUGUUGUGCAUUCUAAAAUUGCAAGUUUGUUGUGUCAUUACUGGCCACAGUAUGAGGGUGACUCCCAAGUACUAUCUGUGACCUUGUCCUUGUCCUGGGGUGUCACCCUGGCACUCACGCAAACGCAGAUCCCAGGAGGACGCUGUUCGCUGCACCUUAUGGCAAAGGGGAUUGGAAUGGUUCCUGGGAGGUGAGCCGCAGGGGGCGUGAGCUGCCAGGGCUGACUCUGCAUUCAUGUUCCCAUGAAGAAGGAAGUUCAAGAGCCCCAUCCUCUCCCCCUUGCUGUUUGCAUUCCUAGCUGCUGACAGGGACUGGUGUGUGCUCAGCUAUCCUAGGGGCUUGGGAGGUUGUUUUAAAGAGACAGUGAAGUGAAGAGCUUUCAGGCCUCUCUGAAUCACUGUCAGGCUGUAUUUAGAGACACUAACAUCACAGACUUGUGGGAAGCUCUCCCGGGCGACACAGCUGCCGUCCCAUCCUGAUUGGGCCAGCUUGUGGUUGGAGCUGUAAAUGCUCUCUUGUGUCACGAACUGGGACAGGAGGAAUUCUGUGAAUUCCAAGGACUUGGGUCUCUGGUGCAGUUUGUUGCAUUGUUUGGAGUGUCUACGUUCAUUUGUGAACUGUUGUUUCUUCUCCCUCCAGCCCCUGAUCCUUGUGCCCCAUAUCAGUGAGUCAGACCAGAGCGACAGCCCCCGGCAGUGUGCAAACUCCAGGCACCUUCGCUGGGUUAAAACUCACGGAGUCUGUGGCUCUUUCAGUGCAGCCAGUGUUAGCCAUGCAGCCGGCCGAGAUGAGAACGUGCUCACUCUCUUGCUGGGUUAAGCUAGACUCUGAAGGAAGCGAUCGCCACCUUUCGGUUCUGCGGAGCUGGACAUAACCAGCUUCGCUCUCCUUGGGGUGGGAUUUAGGGACAGCUUAGCUCAGCUGACCCUCUGUGGGCAUUUCCUUUACUUGUACCUGCUUGGGCAGGUGGCACCUUUGUAGUUUACCUAGAUGAGUGUUUGACCUGCUGCUUUGUGCCUGUGCCAGCAGCGGGUGGGGUGCGGGGGAGGGGGCAGCCUUCAGGUUUUUAGGGAGCUACUCUUAGCCCAGUAGGGUUGAGGUCCCAGACAGGCUGUCCCCUGGCGAAAGGGCUUUGCUGCCACCCCCACAUUGACCCCCCGUACGAGUGCAGUGAGGGCUCUCAGCGGAAUGGCUGUCUGCCCAGAAAAUACCCUGCCGUGGGCACUGACACACCCACUGGAUGCCAGGGAAAGGUGUGUCCUUCAGAGCCACUGGGAGCCCUCCCAGGACCUCCUCUAAUUUUGUUGUCUGGUUGCUCCUGGCUGUACAGAAGGAGGCUGCAGCACUGGCCUUCCCUCCCUGGUGCCUGAGGAGCAUCUCGUGAAUCGCUGUGUCUGGGUUAAGAGUGUUAUUUAUACAAAACUCAAAUAAACCAAGCUGAAAAAAUCUGGCUCCUGUGCUGCUGUCGUGGAGCUGGUAUAAUCAAUCUGUCCCGUCCUGACUUCCUGUCGUUCUUGGGGAGGCACAAAGCUGCAAGCAGCCUGAGUACUGCUGGAUAAUCUCCGGUUGUUCAGCUAACCAAGCCCCGUGAUCCUCGUGGUGCCAGCUGAGCGUCAGCGUGGUGUUUCCAGGUGUGCGUGCUGCAGAACCCUGGCUACGCGGUGUUCUUUCAGACGGGGCUUGGCAGGAGCAUUAAAAACCAAGUAAGGUUUAUGACUAGUGCUGUGUCUGCCAGGGAGCUCAGAUGUCCAAGGAGGGACCUCACCAGGAUGGGUCUGAUCCCUCCCUUGCCAGCCGCCCGUAGGGGUGCGGCUCAGAGUCUGCGCUGGAGUCACUGGAGACUGCGACCCACGUCAGCCUGUGAUGUCUGCGAGCUGGAUUACGAGCACCGAACUCAGCCCACCCAGAGGCUGCCCAGAAAUUUCCUUGGGGCCUUGAGGGCUGCACCUAACCUGCACUAAAUGAGGCAGAUUGUAGCUCCAUGCAGGGUAUGGUCCCACCAUGUGGUACACACAGGCCCUUCCCAUCACAACUGGCUCCCCAUCUCUCUGGGCCGCAGGCCAUGCUAAGAUGGAAGGGGCUUGCUGUGAUCAGCCCUGUGACAGAGCAGGGCAACAAACAGUGGCAUAACUCUCCCAUGUGCCAUCCCGGAGGCACCCCCGCACGUCAGCCACGUUUGCAUGGGUUCUGCAGGCCUCACUGCAGUGGGGUUUGGAUGCGCACCUGGCUAGCGCUAGAUUAUGUGUGUUGGACCACAGGUGCGAGGCAUGUGGUGGUGGCUGAAUUCAGCCUUCAUCUAAAAACCAAAACUUGCUCUCAUGGUUCUGAAGAAAAACUUGAGCCCGUGACCCAUGGAGGCAGUGGGAUGACAUCUGCCCGAGCCUGCAGGCAGCCUCCUUCGGACGGAGGCUCAGCAGACACAACUCUAGAGCCAGGACAAUGCAGAUCAGGCCCUUCCUGCUCAGGCAGGACCCUCAGGUGAGAGAGGUUCAGGUGAAGCGCUGAGUUUGAUGGAAUCGGCUGCCCCUUGGUGGGGCUCACACUCCCAUACUCCCACGGCCUUGCAGCUCCACAGGUCAGUUUUGGGUGAUGGCUCCCAUGCACCAUCCCCUUGGGGCACCAGAAUGGGAGUUUGUGUUGACUGCCCGCCUUUCAGGACAGGCUUCGCUCAGCAGUGGAACAGGUAACAAUGACAUGUUUCAAUUGUCCGCCAGGCAGCUGCGUUCAUCCUGCCCCUGGAGCCGAGCAGGGUGGGUCACACGGCAGAGCUACUGUCUCAAGCUAAUCGAAGGCUCAAGCAGACCUUGAUGCACUGGCUACACCCAGGUACACGACAGGGUUACAAGAUUUUCUUCACAACUAUGAGGGCCAGAGAUUUUUUUUCUUUUAAAUGAAAACCGAUGGCACAGCUACACUACAAACUGCUGCAGGCACAAGUCACAUCAGCAUAAAGCCGCUGCAGAACGUGUGCUGCUUGUCUGCAUGCACGCUUGGCUCCUUGUGUCGGUGCCGCACGUGCUCACCAGGAGUCCUUGUGUCAAUACACGGUGAGUGCACCAUCGGUAGGUGUGUUUCUUUGCACCCAGUGUGCAUCUGGCCGCUAUCCAGUGCCCUGUCUUUUGGGGGUUUGACAAUGCAUGGUAGGGCUGAAAUGAGUCACGCACGGGUGACUGGGAGCAUGCAACUUUUUCCAUCCCAUAAUGUCGUCUAUAUCCCGGAAACACCAUGGUGACGCUCAGCUGGCGCCAAGCUGUGGGUGUCACUGUCCCCCGGCAUGGAGUGGUAGGGGCAGGGAUGCCACGUGGAAUAUUGGAGGAGGGGUGUGUAGAGAGGAGUCCCAUUUUCCAGGCUCCUGUUCUAACCGCUAGACAUGUCCCUGCUUUUCUGAGUAGCUGUGUAGUUCUCUUCUGCCAUUUGCUGUAAAUGACCAGUAUGGUUUGAACAAUCGCAAGGAUCCGGCCCUCAGGUUUACAGCCCUGGCUGUUAGUCCCCUGCAGUAAUAAAUAAACUAGACCGACCCCUGGGUUAAUGACUCAGCCAAGUGCUAUCGCUGUCUUACUCUUCAGAAAGUUAACCCACUUCUUUCCCCCACCCAAACCCAGUGACCGUCCUACAGGCUGAGUGUCUGCUCCCAGCGGCUGAACACAGUGAGAAGCUGCAGCGGAAACUCUGGGUUCUGCUACUGGAACAUAAAAGGUAUUUCCUGCCAUUUCAGUGGACAUCUUAAAUUACAUAGGAGCAGGGGGACCUAAAGCCUCUCCCACAGGUCUAAAGGGCAAUAAAAUUUUGCAGGAGAGUCUGAAUAAUGAUAGAAGUGAGGGAGAUCUCAGCCACAAGGCUGCCUGUGCGUGAGGCACAUUCAAGUGCUUCCCAGGGUGCCAGAUGUGUGUUUCUGCUUCUGUUGGACUCCAAGAUGCCUUUUUCUGUGCGACAGCUGCCGCUCUGGGGAGGGCCUGUCACCGUGCCUCCGUGGGUCACAACUGAGAAUACCAAAUUCAGGGCAAGCUGCUGGGAAAAAGGGCUAACACACCCCAAAACUCUUCCAUGAGAGGUACCAAACCAGCAACAAAAUAAACUUCUGUCUCACCACAUUGGCUAACAAGAAGUCACAAGUGCAGCCUCCUUAGGUAUUCCUGUCCUGGAUUCUACACCCAGACACCAGAUUUAAAGAUGAGUGGUUAUUUGAAACUAAUUUCAUCAAACAAAAGGGUUCUUCUGAUCCCAAAGGACCAGCCACAUACCCAGGUCAAUAUAUAACUCACAUCUUCUCCAAUAAGCAUGCUAUUGCCAAUUCUUUAGUCUUUAAAAUCUAAAGGUUUAUUUAUAAAAGAAAGAAAGAAAG